AUGGCUCCACAAACAUGUAAAUUGGCAGCAGCUCAGGACAAGCACUCUCCAAUGUCUAUAAAGAAGAAGCCAGAGCAAAAGCCCUCAGCUGUUAAAGAAGAGCCUACUAUAAUGAGUGAUACACUCUUGCACAUUAAAAGAUCUUGUUCCUGCAAGCAAGGAACCAUAAAGGCCUGCAUCAAUUGUGCAGAAGAUAAAAAAGCCUGUGCUUCUGUCUCUUCAGAGCUGCAGAAGAAAGUGGCAGCAUUGCUGUCUGACCAUGACAAUUUUCUCAGACUUAAGAACACAACACUUCAAGAGGAAUUGAAAGCCAGUAUGAUGGAACAGGCCACUGGUCUCAGUGAAUUGCUUGCCAAAAUGGCACCUCUGUCAGUCUGA